UUUGAAAUGAGUUUCGAUUACGAAUGUUGAUGGCGAAUAUUGUAAUAGUCUAAAAUAUUAUAAGUUGAAAAAUUGUCUUGAUUUUAUUGUAUACAUUUUCUGUAUGUCGUAUUCGUGAAAAGUUCAAAAUGCUUGAGUACAAUAAACUGGAAAUUUUCGUCAUGGUUCUCUGGCUCGGAUUUUUACUGUGUCAAAAAAGGAUUUCUAAAAUGAACGUUGCGAUGUUGAGACGAGGUAUUUUAGGCAACCCAACAUUGAUAUUAACUUUUGUAACUCUACAGGUAAAUGGGAUGCACCUACAAAUGGACAUGCAAAGUUCCGAAAUGAUUCGCGAAGAAAUUGUGCUCCUUUUGUGCGGUAGUUUCAAUCCCAUCACGAAUAUGCACCUUAGAAUGCUUGAAAUCGCUCGAGAUCAUCUCACCGAUCUAGGAUUCGACGUAAAACAAGCAUACAUCUCGCCGGUACACGACAAAUACGGCAAAACAGAUUUGAUAUCGAUAAACCAUCGUAUAAAUAUGAUUAAAAACGCCAUAAAGUCAUCCGAUUGGAUACAUCUAUCGACUUGGGAAUCCGAACAAUCAGACUGGACUCCCACAUAUCAAGUUCUAAAGCACCAUCAAGAUAGAUUAAAUGGGCUAUUAAUAAAUGAUACGAACAUUAAUAGUAAUUCAUCUCACGACGUAAAUGGUAAUUCUUUCGAUUAUAGAGUUACCGUAAGAUUGGUUUGUGGUGGCGAUGUACUGAAUAGCUUCUCAGUACCUGGUUUGUGGAAAGAAUCCGAUAUACAAGGAAUAAUGACUGAACAUGGUAUAGCCUGCGUUACCAGAUGUGGCUACGAUCUGGAUAAAAUUAUCUACGAGAAUGAUCGAUUAUUUGCGAAUAAAAGACAUAUUUACAUUGUUAAAGAACAUAUCGAAAACACGGUCAGUUCGACUGCUAUUAGAAAAGCAUGCUUGAGAGGUUUGAGUAUCAAGUAUUUAGUUCAAGAAGGCGUAGAAAAAUACAUAAAAGAUCACAAACUAUAUUCCUAUAAUAAAUAUAAGUAUACUACUACCAAAGACACGAUCAGAAUACCAGCUGAAAUAUUUAACGAUUAUAAGAAGUAUCCUACGAAUAAUUCUAAAUUAUCAGUUGAUAUCGAUUCGUCUAAAACGAAAAAGAAAACACAACGUAAAAAGAAAAUUAAGGAAGAUCCAGUUAUUAGUAAACGUCUACGAAGAAGAUGAUUUAGUUGCGAUGAAUUUCAAUUCGCAAUUUGUUCCAUGAGAGUUUUUUUUUAUUGUCUAUGAUUUUUAUUUUUAUCUCGAUGUACAUACAUUUGCAUCCUUUGAACUAUUUUAUAUACGUAAUUAUUAUCCACAGUGUUGAGAAUUUGUUUGUAUUAUGAUAUCAUAUUAAGAAAAUAUUUAUGCCCGGAAUACACCAGUUAUCGUUGA